AGAGAGGAGGGGCGAGGGGUCACAGGGAAGGAGGAGAGAUCAGCAGAAGGCAGAGGUGGAGGAGGACGAGAGGAGAGUCGUGGCCCAGAGCCAAGGAGACAACGUUUGUGCUCUGACCUGGGUCGUGAGACGGACGAGGCCGCCUUCGUCCCCGACUACAGCGAAGGUGAGGGCUCGGAGACGGAGAGAGGAAGAAGCGGCAGCCCUAGUCUGUCCCCCAGCCAACAGUCCCACAGCCCCACCCCGAGCAACCAGAGCGACACGGCAACCACCAUGGGAGACAAGAAGAAGAAGAAACACAAGAAACAUAAAAAACACAAAAAGCACAAGAAGCAUACUGGUCAGGAAAAAGAAGGAGAACACAAGGAGCAUAAGCACAAACACAAGAAAAAGAAACACAAAAAGAACAAAGACAAAGAUGCAGAGGAAGAGGAGCAGAAGACGGACAAAGCAGAAGAGGAGGCUCCAUGCUAACAGAGGCUAAGAUAAGGCUGCUGGCCAAAAUCUGUAGCCUUCUUUGUUAGUAAGGAGGCAAUGAUGUAUCUAGAAAUAUCGGCUAACACUGGCAUGCUGCUCCAUGUGCCACUUGAGGAGAACAAUGAAAUGAGUCUCUGACUGUCCAUGACACUGAUGGAGGGCUGUUAAUGGAACACUUCAUAUCCCUGCAGCUCUACAAACCUAAACGGUACUUUGUUGUGUCUGGGCUGCAGCGUUUUGAGCGCUGCUGAGGUUUCUUUAAAGUUAAAUGUUGAACCUCUGUGGAGAGUUUGGGUCAAAUAGAAAAGAAAAAAAAACCCCAGGAGUGAUUCUGUGCUGCACUAUUGUGAUCGACCAAUAGCGAGCCAGAAAGGACUUGAUGAUAACUGAUCACACAGCAGUGAAUCUAAAUGAUAGGAGUAACAAACUGUACUCAGGGAUGUGAUUGCUUCUUUGUAGAGGAGGAAUUGCUGUUUCUCUGCCUCUGAUUCAUUUGUAAAUAGAGUUGAACUGUUGCUUCACAUAAUUUUUCCUCAGUUUGUUUUGCUCACAUCCCUCUGUGCUGUUCAAGGCUUAAAUACUGGAUAACCUUCAUUGCUAUGCUGUUGUAAGCUCUUUUUGAAGGACUGCACUAGCAGUUUUGCAGAUUUGCAUGUUUUAGCACAUUAACUUCAAAUUGUAUACUUUCCGUUACAGCCAACCAUUUUCAGUGUUGAUAAUCUCAUUUUUAGGCAGCCAUUGGUUUAUGCCAGCUCUUCUUUUUGUCUAAGUUAAUGUAAAUUUAAAUUAAAGCAAUGAAAUUCCUUUCAUUCAUUCAUUCAUUUUCAUUUCAUUCUCGAACAAAUUACCAAUCUAAGCAAUUUUCCUCCCAAACUUCACAGAAAUUAAAUCCAAUAGCUACCCAGAAGAUUAUGAAACCCUUUGGAAAUGGUUAGCAGUAAGUUAAUUGUAAUUAAUGGACUAAAACUUGCAAAAUUACCAGUAUGUUCCUUUAAAGUUGAUGCAGACCAUAACGCAUUCAUGCUACACUGGAUUGUAUAAAACUAGGAUGUGUUUCUUAAUGAUGGCAGAUCAGUCAGCAUGUUUUUGUUCCAAAGGUGCAGUAACUGUAUCAUGUGAGCGAGUGAAUGUGUGUGAUGGUGUGAAAGUGAAAUGUGACAGAAAUGAGACAAAUUGGGGGACUAGUGUUCUUACAAAUAAGUUGUUCCAUUUUUUUUAAUUAAAACGUUUU